AUGUCAGUGUUGGAUACAAAGGUAAAAUGUGUGCAUAUGUGGCCAACACCAGUAGAUAUGGCAUUAUUAAAGGGCAAGCCACGUUCCGAAUGGGUACAACCGGAGCCUAUGUCAGUUCAAGAAAUAGAUUUCUAUCUGGGACGUGUUCCGGAAUGGUAUAUCGAAUUGAAACUUCUAAAAAAACCCGGGGAUUAUCUCUUAGCUCGUGGUCAUGAUAACAAAUUACGUUUAUCAGUAAAAUCAAAUGAGCCAGGCAAUCCGGCAAUACAUUUUCCCAUUGAAUUUCGUCAAACGAAACAGAUACGAGGCGAUAGAAAUUAUUAUUAUCGAAUUGAGAAAACUGUUUUACAGAAUCGAUCAGUUUGGCGAUUAAUUCAUUCGUAUCAAAAGAGUAAUGUAAACAGUUUAAAGAUAAACACAAAACGCGAUGUACGUUUAAUAGAACCAAUACUACCAUGUCAGGGAUGUCGUUACCUGACAACUGAAUAUUCAUUUUUAAAUAUGCAAAUUAAAAAUAAAUCAGAAAUCAACAUUGGUGAUUUAAUUUGCAAAGGUGAACGAUCAACAAUUUAUAAAGCAACUCGUUACUUCACCAAAAACGAUAUGAUUAAAACAGUGACGGAACAACCAAUAAUUUUAAAAGAAAUGGAUGACUGUACUGCAGCAAUACUUGAUGAUUUAUUCCGGGAAUUACAUAUUGUAUGUACAAUUCGACAUCAAAUUGGACCUAAAACAGCAAUAUGCAUUGAAGCACUUAUGGUUUUUGGCCGACCCUAUUAUAUUGCUUAUGGAUUAUGUAAAAAAGGCUCAUUAGUGCAAUAUCUUGAAAUGAAUACCAUCGAUAUGAAUAAUAGAAUAAAAAUCUUACGACAUAUAGCACAGACAUUAGAUCAUUGUCAAAAGAUGCCUGUCAUUCAUGGAAAUUUGAGAGCUAAAAAUAUAUUUGUUGAUAUAAAUGAUGAUAAAACAGCUGAACCGAUUUAUUACGUUGGUGGCUUUCAUCAUGCAGUUAUGGCCAAAACAAAAGAAGUAGAUCCAAAUAAAUUACCAAAUAAACGUUGGCUUGCACCAGAAGUUUUGACAACAAAAUUAUUAACGCUAGAAUCUGAUGUAUUUGCAUUUGCAUUUUUAAUGUAUGAAGUUCUAACAAUGAAAAUACCACACGAAACAAUUGAGGAUAAAAAAAUUCUUGAAUAUAUUGCUAAAAAUCCUUAUGUUCGUCCAAUUGUACCAUCAACAGUUCCACAAUGGUUGAGAAAAUUGAUAAACGAAUGUUGGACAACAAACCCAGAAAAAGACCUAAAAUGUCGUAUGUAUGGCAAGAAUUGA